GUAGCUAUGUUCAUGAACGCAGGUCUUUUCUCUUGACAUCAUGGGUGCGUGACGUUGACAGAACCAGGAGUAAAGUACGGCCUCGACCCUGCAGAGUCCGCUCCGCUCCGCGUCUCCAUAUCGCCAACCCGCCAAUUCUGACAUUUUUGGUCGACCCACCGUCCAAUCAUCGGAUUACUUGAUUUUGGAACAUCACCCGAGAAGAGUUGAAUCAUACUAACAGGAGAAGAACAAAGGUGCAAUGCCUCCUCGCGGUGCUCGCAAAGCAGCACCCAGCGCUGUCGCCGUCUCGCCACCGCACUCCCCGGAAGACCAAAAACGCAAGCUCGUCGACGAAGAUCGCGAACCAACCUCCCCACUUCGUCGAUCGAAGCGCGUUAAAUCAGCUGGAGCUUCCUCUGCUUCACUGUCUGCGACUCCGAGUAAAGUGGAAACUGGCAGUGAGGCCAAAACUGCGAGUCCGGCGACUUCGAGAAACAACAAGGCUCGUCAAGGCAAGGCCGCCGCCGUCGCAGUUAAGCAGGAAGUGGAGGAAGAGGUUGAGACAACGGUCGCCGUCAAAGCAUCGACAGAAGACAACGUUAGCUCGGUGAAGGAGGAAGUGGCUGAAGAGAAGGUAUCAAAGACAGUCAAGGUUUCCCGGCAGCAGAAAACCAAAGAAGCUGAAAUGCUGCCUUUGAGAGCUCGGACCCAAGGAUUGCGCAUGUUUGUCGGCGCGCAUGUCAGCGCAGCUAAAGGCGUCUUCAAUUCCGUAAACAACAGCUUGCACAUAGGUGGAAACGCAUUUGCUCUCUUCCUCAAGUCGCAAAGGAAAUGGGACAACCCACCCCUUCAAGAUGACCAUCGAGAUCAAUUCCGCGCCAUGUGUAAAGAGCACAAGUACGAUGCAGCAAAACACAUCCUCCCACACGGGUCUUAUCUUGUGAACCUGGCUCAAGAAGACAAAGCCAAAGCCAAACAAGCCUACGAUUCCUUUCUCGACGAUCUCCGUCGGUGCGAAGCUCUGGGCAUCCAACUGUACAACUUCCAUCCCGGCUCUGCCAACUCCACCCCACACGCCAGUGCUAUCACGCGACUAGCCUCCGCUCUCACCUCGGCCCUCCGCGCCACCACGACCGUGAUUCCGGUCCUCGAAACCAUGUGCGGCCACGGCAGCACGAUCGGUGGCUCCCUCUCGGAAUUCAGGGAUCUGCUCGCCCAGAUCCCUGCUGACCUGCACCCGCGAAUCGGCAUCUGCAUCGACACCUGCCACAGCUUCGCGGCGGGCUACGACCUUGUCACCCCCACGGGCUUCGCGGCCUUUAUGCAGGAAUUCGAGGACUUGAUCGGCAUUCAACAUCUCCGGGCCCUCCACCUUAACGACUCGAAAGCGCCCCGUGGUAGUAAACGGGAUCUGCACGCGAACAUUGGGACGGGAUUCUUGGGUCUACGGGCGUUUCACAAUGUUAUGAAUGAGAAGCGGUUCGAGGGGGUGCCAAUGAUUCUCGAGACGCCGAUCGACCGGCCAGAAGCAAAAGCCGGAACGAAGGAUGAGGGCGGGGAUGAUGGGGAGGCUGGGCAGGCGAAGGGCAAGAAGAAGGCCCCGAAGAAACCAGCUGGUGCUGCGGGGAAGUUAGUCGCUGAUCCCAGUGUCUGGGCGAAGGAGAUUGAGCUUCUCGAGUCUCUAAUCGGCAUGGAUCCGGAGGGAGCGGAGUUCCGAGCUCUGGAAACGAGACUGGCCGACGAGGGGAAGGAGAUGCGGGAGAAGCAGAUGGAGCAGUAUAUGCGGAAGCUGGAGGCGGAUGAGAAGAAGGCAGCCAAGGGAUCGGGUGCGAAGAAGGGACAGAAGACGCUGAUGGAGAUGAUGAACGGGGCGGGAACGAAGAAGGGGAAGACCGUGACGAAGAAGAAGAAGAAGAAGAAGGAUGAGGAGAGUGAUGAUGAAGAAGAAGGAUGCCAGUCUCAUUCUGAGGACUAGUUCUUGUACGAGUUGUUCGACCUCAAAUGAGGUAUUGUGGAAGUACCAACCAGUCCGAGUGGACAACAGCCCUAAAAACUGUGCG